AACACCCUAGCCCCUUGGUGGAUUUUAUGCAAAUGCAAUUGUGUCGGUUGUCCACCCCGGAAAAACUUGUGUUCUUGAUUUGCGCAAAAAAAAGUGAUUUCUAAUUGUUUCGACUUCUCCGCGAGAGAGAGUGAGCAAAGGAGCCUAGGGCGGAGUGUGUCAAUGUCAAUGGAAAACGGAUUUUCCACUCUCAUUCAGCGACUUUUGGUUUUCCGCGUGGAUAUGCAAUAAGCCCAGAUUAAUGACGUCCUUGUUGGAGAUUAUCAUGCGAUCGAAGGCGAUUGCAAGGAAAUUCAAUCAGGGCUCCAGUGGCGACGACUUCGAUCCUAGUGCUAGUGCUGUGCGUCACCACCAUCGCCUGGAUCACCAUCACCUAGAUCAUCAUUUGGAUCAUCAUCAUCUCGAUCUCAGUGCCAGGAGUCAGGCCUUUGCUGGUCUGCCCUUAGAGCAAUCCCUUGAAGAGCAUUCUCCCACCAGGGAGGAUCAUCAUCACCUACGCCAGCAUCCGUUGCAGCAGCUCCAGCAGCCACCGCCGCCCACGUUGCCCUUGGACUCGUCAGCAGCUGCCAUUGCCGGUGAAUCCGGUAUGGAGCACUUCUUCAAGGAUCCCUCCCAGGCGGAGCAGAUUCUGCAGGAGUGGGCGAGACGCCGGGAACCCAUCAGUGAACUGGACAUCCGGGAAAGUGGUGUCUAUGCCAAGACAUCCUUGGAAAGGGGCACCCGCUAUGGUCCCUUUCCCGUGAAGCUCUGCCAUCAGCCCAACGAUUCACAGCUGGCCUGGAGGGCCCAUGCCGAGCACUUUAAUGGCUGGCUAGAGCCCACAUCUGAUGUUUCCGGUUGGCUAAAGAAAAUCCGCGUCAUAGAUGACAACGAAUUUAUAGCCAAGGCCAAUCUGGAGAGUUUCAUUAAUGGCGGUUGUCUAUAUUACGAAACGAAUCGUUAUGUGAGUGCCGGCAGCGAAAUGAUUGUGGAUGGUCGACCCAAGAGUCCCGUGCAGAUCAAUGAGAGCUUCAUGAACGGCGGCGGGGUCCUGGCCGCAGCUGCAGCAGUGGCCGCAGUGGCUGCCGCCACAUCUUCGUCGGCGGGGUCGGGUGGAAAGAGCGGCAAGGGGUCAUCGGUGCCCAGCGAUGAUCGCAGUGAUCGUGAUAAUGGUGAUAUUGAUUUCACAGACGACGAAAACGGUUUCGACAUACGCUGUGAGGUCUGUGAUAAAGUCUAUCCGGAUUUAGAACUGUUGGACGAUCAUCUGGUGGUUGCCCAUCAUUUCAAGCAGGACGACUACUCCUGCAAGCUCUGCCCUCUGCGAUUCUGCCAUCGUCCUUUGCUCAUCAAGCACGAAGCGAUCUCCCACAAUAAUAUAAGGAAAUAUUCCUGCGAGAAUUGCAGCAAGGUUUUCUGUGACCCCUCGAAUCUACAGCGGCAUAUUCGCGCCUACCACGUCGGCGCUCGCUGUCACCCUUGUCCAGAGUGCGGAAAGACGUUCGGUACCUCGUCGGGGCUGAAGCAGCACCAGCACAUCCACAGCAGCGUGAAACCCUUCGCCUGCGAGGUGUGCUCCAAGGCGUAUACGCAAUUCUCGAACCUGUGCCGCCACAAGCGGAUGCACGCCACCUGCCGCACGCAGAUCAAGUGCGACAAGUGCAAUCAGAGCUUCAGCACCUUGACCUCGCUGACCAAGCACAAAAAGUUCUGUGAUUCAACGGGCUCGUACCGCCAGCAGCAGCAUCAGCAUCAGCACCAGCAGUCGCCGCUAAGUCGCCACCACCCGCAUCCGCAUCCGUACCAGCCGCAUCCGCAGCAUCCUCACCAGCAUCCGGCCUCCAGGCAUCCGGCAGCCGCCACAGUCACAUCCGCCUCUGCAGUGCCUGCGGGAGGAGAGUCUACGGGAGGAUCUGCCACUUCGUCUUCGUCUGCCACCGCUGCCGUUGUUGCCGCCAUGUCAACGCCGCCGAAUCCCUUCCUGAUGUUCCGCACGGGAGCGCCAUUCUUCCCCGGCUUCCCGCCGUACGGCCUGCCGGGAAUGUUCCCGCAGAGUCCACUGAGAGCCGCCAACUUCCCGCUUUUCUUCCCCAAUCCCCCCAUGGACAUGGGCUGCGGCAUGCCCGGCAUGACCUCGCCGAACUCUGCCUUCCGGCAGCAGUUGCCCUUCGGCAUGGGUCCCAUGGAGGGACAGGGAGGCGGAGGAGGUUCACCACACCAGACGGAUGCCCAGUUAAAGGCGGAGGAAGAGGAGCACAACUUGUCUGUGAAGUCGGAGGAUAAGCUCAAGAGAGAGCCCCUGCUGAAUGUGUCCGAAGGCGAUGAGGAGGAGGCUGAGGACGAGGAGGAGGACGACGCUGAGAGUCGUCAUAGCAAUCUGGACAUGACAAUCAAAUCAGAGGAGGAGAAGGAGGCCAAGGUCAAGAAAGAGGAGAAGAACGAGGAUCAAAGUGAAAUGAAAUCUGAACCCGAGAGACUGGGCAGUCCCGAUCAGCAGCAGGUGGAGGAUGAUAGGAAAUCCAUUGAUAUUGUCAGCACGCCACCGCCCACGGAUGCUCCUACUGCCGGCGAUGCCCCGCUGGAUCUCUCCAUUUGCCGCAAGCGCCUGUCCGGUUACUUCCCGGCUCCGCCUGGCAGUCCUGGUCUGCUCUCCUCCAGCCUUAUGCGUUUCCUGCCCUCCACCAGAACCGAGGAGGAUGAGACAGAUGGCGAGCCGCCGCUCAAGACGCGGAAAUCCCACAGUUCCGGCGAGUCCUCGACGUCGCAAAAGUCCUACAAGGGCAGCAGUCCCACGCCCACAGCCUCGCCGGGGCCCACACCCUCACCCUCACCUCCCACCAGUGCCGGGGGAGAGCUGAGCAGCAUGUCCGAGGGAGCUGGAGCUGGGUCAGGAACGGGACUGGCUGCCGCAGCGGCAGCAGCAGCGGCUGCAGCGGCCGCCGGAGCCGCGGAGGCUGCCCUGGCCGCCCACUAUAACCGCCAGAAUCCACCCAUACACCCGAUGGUGCUGGAGGAAAUCUAUCGCAGCCGGUUUUCUUUUUUAUGCCCAGCGGGCGGACGGCCCGGCAUUGAGGCUUUGCUGGCGGGAGCCGCCGCCGGCGCCGCCUCAAAGCGGCCGCUUCCGCCCGUUAAGUUCGCCACAGGGGCAACUGUGGGCUCCUCCGUGGGUCAUCCGCUGAAGACAAAGGAUCGUUAUACCUGCAAGUUUUGCGGCAAGGUGUUCCCCCGCUCGGCCAAUCUCACCCGGCACCUGAGGACGCACACCGGCGAGCAGCCGUAUCCGUGCAAAUACUGCGACCGGGCCUUUAGCAUCUCCUCCAAUCUGCAGCGCCACGUGAGGAAUAUCCACAACAAGGAGCGACCUUUUCGCUGCGAACUCUGCGACCGAUCCUUUGGCCAGCAGACGAAUCUCGAUCGGCAUGUGAAGAAGCACGAGGCGGAGGGCAGCAACUUCCGGGACUCGCCCAGCUCUGCCUCGGGCGUGGCCGAGCGGGAGGAGUAUUUCGAUGAGAUCAGGACCUUCAUGAACAGGGUGUAUACGCCAAACAGCCUGGCGGGAAACGAGGGGGACACCGAGGACGAUGACCAGUCCUCGGUGAUCCUGGAGAAGAAGUCGCACCUCAACAACAAUAACAACAGCAGCCACAUUAGCAACAAUAAUCCCAAGUUGCUGUAUUCGUGAGCUUGAAGAGGAAGAACUUGAGGGAAAUCUUUGAGGGAAAUUUUAAGAGAAACCUAAAGAAAACCUCGAGUAAAAAACUUGAAGGAAAACUUACUUUAACUCUUACUUAAGCGUGCCUCCGAGAGGGAAACCUAUCUCUAAGUAGUUACCAUUUUCCACUAAAACUAAAACUAAAAACACUAAAAAUUAGCUAUGCAAUCAAUGGAAAAAGACGGUGAAGCAUCAAAACAUAAACUAUAUAAAAACACACACACAUCACUUAAAGGGAAGCUCUAUAAACUAUAUACUUAAUAUAUAUAUAUAAAAUAUACUUAAACCCACUCUAAAAAACCACCUUAACUGUGUAGCUAAUUAAACAAUAAUAAUACUUCUGUACAUAGACAUAUAUAUGCCAGUCUUAACUUCAACUACUUUGGAACUUUGUGGAUUAUAUAUAUAAACUAUAUACUAUCUAUGUAUAUUUGGAUAUUUUGAAUGUGUAUACAUAAAUCUAUAUAUGAUAUAAUGUAAAUCUUAUGUACAAUGUAAGUGGUAACAUAUUUAUAGAGCUAAUUAUUGCAAUUCUCAAGCAAAACACAACAAAAUUUAAAAUUGAAAAUAAAAACCAAAA